AUGAUUAAUCUUUCUUCAGCGAGAGCUGUCUCACACAAUAUAAUCCCAAAGGGACAAUUGCUCUCAACCACUGCAACAUGGGCACUGAAUAUAUUUUUGGUGAUAAUCAUCUUUGUACCAAGUGUAGUCAUUGUCACCAAUUGCUCCCAACUUACCUAUGAAUAUAGUUGUACAAGACAAAUAGUGAUGCCUGUCAUCCAACAUCUACGGGAUUUGGCGCCUACUUGCACCUCAGGAACGUGUAGCGUCGUGACUUAUGUGACAUCCCAAGUCUUUGUACUCACAAGCGCCUUGCAUCAUAUUGAUCGUGUGGUCCAUCACACUACGAUUUAUGUCCCAUUUGUAUAUCUAUUAUUUCAAAGCUUCAAGACUCAAAGAGGAUUGGAUUAUUCAACAAAGCGACAAACAGAUGGUGUCUUUUCAAACACUGUGAUAGAAUUGGCAAUUGUAUUCUUACGUGUUGUUUUAGGUGUCUGUUCAGCUCGUUUACUUCGCAAUGGUGAAUUCAUCAUGAACGCAAACUUUUGGCUUAUCCUCCGCAUUGGUAUAAGUAGUGUCAUUUCAACCUUGGGAAACAUCACCUUGUUCUUCAUCUUAGACAAUCUCAGGAGGUCUGAUACCACUGAACCUGCGACUCAAAUCUCACUCCCAAGUAUUCUCUUCCUCGAUCAGAUCUUAUAUUUUUCACAGCUCUGA